GUUCAGAAGCCAUACCUUCCCCUCCCGCCAUGCCCUCGCCAUGGCGGCUUUCUUUAUAGUUCUUGCUGCUGCACAAUGCUCCAGUUUCACUCGUCUCGCCGUCCGCGCAAUCAGCCCUGACACGCGAAUUCGUAGUACAAUGCCGCGUAAUGAAUUUUAACAUUUUCUUCUUCUAGUUGCUUAUUUGUUAUAGUACUGCUGAGCAGCAGUUUCAGUGAGGGUGUGUGGUCCCAUCCGUAUUUAUAGGACAGUUGAAGAACGAUGGAGGUCCAAGAAAGCCAAGGCAGGGAAAGAUCAGAAUGGGACGAGGAAUACAGGCUCCCUCACCCCGAGGAACGCAGCACUCCACUCGAGGCCCCGUCGGAGAAACCAAGCGAGGCACCGCAGGAUCCUCCUCACCUCCGUAGAUUCGACACCACCGCCGCGGCUAAGCCAGCGGCCGGCGACUCUUGGACGGCGUCCCCAUCCGCCCCUCUUGACCCGCCGGUCCCGUCCGUCAUAAGUUCGACCAUGAGGCUCGAGUCCAUGCGCCACGAUUCCAUGGAGGGCCAUGGAACCGAGGCGCGCGCGCCACGCGGUGACGCGUUAUUCGGCAGCGAAGCGGCGACGCCUGAUGGCGAAUCCGCGGCGCAGCGUGGCCCGACGCCGGCUGCGGUAAUUGUCCGCGGUGCCGCUGACCCCGUUGACCUCCCCCGUGACGGCCACGUUGACCGUCCCCUUGGCCGCGCUUCUUCAGCAAAAUUUCACCUUUUGACGGUGGGCCACAUGACGGCGACGUCAGAGAUCCUUCCGGUAGAAGGGGAGGCCGAAGAGGAUGCUCCCCAUCAGCGAGUACGAGUAACCGGGUUACCAGAUCUUGACGCCGAGGUCCUCCUGUCUAUAGCGCGUAUGACGGGCCGCACUCUCCGGGCCAUCGCCCUCCUCGCCUCCACUUGCACGCGCCUUCGCGAGCUCGCGGCGUCGCACCUAUGGCCCCUUUAUUGUCACGCCCGCGCGCAGAGUCUCUUCACUUCCAUGCGACGCGAGCAGCACGUGGCUUCGCUACUACAGGACGGCGCCGCCAGCGGCGGCCCGGAACGCGCGGACUCAUGGCGGCGCACUUCGCUAGUCGGGCGCGGCGCCGCGCGCGGGUGCAUUCCAUCGGUGAACCUCUUAACGGGUAUUUUCCAAGGCAGGCUCGGCGGCCCAACCGCCGCCGCUGUUCCGCCGAAGCUUCUCAGCUACUCGCCCGGCAUUCUCGAGGUGCCGUUCAGCCUGCAGCACCCGCGAAUCACGCAGCUCCUAGACCAGAUCCGGGAGUGGCGCUCCGAGGGGUGCUUCUUAGACGACGAAACCGGCUUCUCCGACGCGUCAGCGCGCCGGCCCGCGUGGCGGUGGUGUAAGCGCGUGGCGGCGCGGAUCGCUUGGAUGCCGGUGAUCGCGGUGCUUGUGCCGGUGGUGGUGACGUAUCUCGGGUGCGUGGGUGCGAAACGAGCAGUGAGGGGCGCGCGGCGCUUGGCCGUGAGGGGCGGGAGGCGCAUGGCGCGGCGGUUCGGGGAGACGAGAGUGGGGAGGGCGGGGAGGAGGGUGCUUAGGGAGGGGUGGAGAGUGGUGAGGGGGGGAGAGGGGGAUAGUGUGAGGGGGGGAGGGGGUCGGAUUGACAUUGAGGCGAUUCUGAGACGGCCGUGGUAUGGGGAUCGAGAUCGGGAUCGGGAUGGGGAUGGGGAUGGGGCAGAGAAUUUUCUGGAGCGGUAUGAGCGCAUGUGGGAUGGGAGUGAUGGUGGUGCCGUGGAGGGAGGGAGUGGGAGAGGGGAUGCUGAUAUUGGUACUGAUACUGCUGAGGAUGGCUAUGGUGAGGUGGAGGGGGACUUUGUGACCUUGGCAGGUGCCGAUGCUGAUGCCGAUGCUGAUGCCGAUGCUGAUGCCGAUGCUGAUGCCGAUGCUGAUGCCGAUGCCGAUGCCGAUGCCGAUGCCGAUGCCGAUGCCGAUGCUGAUGCCGAUGCUGAUGCCGAUGCUGAUGCUGAUGCUGAUGCCGAUGCUGAUGCCGAUGCUGAUGCCGAUGCUGAUGCCGAUGCUGAUGCUGAUGCUAACGAUGAUGAUGCGGAUACUGAUCGUGAUCGGAACGGUGAUGCGCACGAGAGAGAACUGGGCGAAAGGGGAGACCCCGACGGACUGAGAGACACAGCCGCCGCAGCAGCGGAGGUGCGAGCAGCAGCGCUGGAAGCCAUGGUGUGGCACCUGCCGGACAGGCAGUACCUGGGACUCGUGGGUCACAUCGACGAGACCUCCGCGCUCUCUCACUCGCUCCUCACCGACCUGCUCUUCCUCCCCUCCCUGCUCUCCCCCGCCUGUGCUGACGGGCGAGAGGCGCGUGACGUGGCUUCAGAUGAGGUGGCUGAGGGACAGGGGGGGGGAGAUGGGGAGGAGGGGCGGGAGGGGCAGGAGGGAGGAAGCAGCGGUGGGGAGGGGGGCGGGACUAGCAGCAGCAGCGGCAGCGGCAGCAGGUGUGGCAGCAGGUGUGACAGCAGGUGUGGCAGCAGAUGUGGUGAGGGGCAGGAGGGCGACGAGGAAGCGGAGGUGGGAGUGGCGUCGUUUGCAGUGCUUGAGCCGUCGCUCAACAUCUGGGACAUCUCCGUGUGCCGUGGCUUCAUUGCCGGGUUCCACCGCACCCCGCUCUUUUUCAAGCUGGCAUCCAGAUCGCGGGACGCCCAUGAGCACUGUCCCUUCUGCGGCUGCAAGGUUUGGAAUGCAUCGCAUGAGCUAAGGGACAGCUACAUGAAGGCGUUAUGCUUCGCUGUAUGCACAAAUGGCCACUUCAGCGGACUGUUCGCAACUUGACUUGAAGAUCUCAUCACAAGAUCGUUUUCAAGAUUUGGACUUCUGGUUUGGUUUGUCCUCCUACCAUCAAGCGAAGGAGGGGUGCUUUUAUCUAAUGUCUGAGUGUUGAGAUAGUGUGCACAAGACAGUCAAUGGGAAGGUAUGGUGAUAGUAUGUCUUCUUGCUUGCAGAGUGUAUGAACUGGUAAGGUUGUGACAAAUUACUACAGUGUAGCAGGAAGAUAGACAGCAGUAUUUGAGCCAAGGUGUUAUGCACUGAUUCGGCUAGGAUGAUAUUUCAUU